AUGGUCCGCAGAGAUCCCAUCUUCGAAGCUCGCACAAAUGUCAAGCUCCACUCCAACCGCCUCAAAAAAGAAGCCGCCCGCGCCGAAGCAACCUUCAAAUCCGAAAAAGGCAAAGCAGACCGUGCCAUGAAAGCCCGCGAAUUCCAAAUCGCCCGCAUCCACGCCUCCUCCGCCGUCCGCGAAAAACGCCGCCAAGUCACGCUGAAAGCCGAAGCCGCCCGCGCCGACGUAAUCAUCAACGAACUCAAAGCCGCGCAAAGCACGCGCGACACAUCGCGCACGCUCGCGCUCGCGAGCCGCGGGCUAGACGCGGCGAGUAAGAGCGUUAAUCUGGAGCAUUUGGUGGCGCAUGCGAAUAACUUCUUGGCGAGGAGUGAGGACUUUAAGAUUGCGGGCGCCGCGAUUGAGGAUGUUGCGGCGGGGAUUAGUAUGGCGGAGUAUGGGGCGGAGGGGGGGGGGGAGGUUGAGGCUAUGAUGGGCCAGUUGGCGGAUGAUGCCGGGAUUGAGUGGAGGAUGGCGUUGGAGGAUGAGGCGGGCAAGGCUCCGGAGGGGAGGGUGCAGGAGCCGAAGGUUUCGGAGGGGGUUACUGGGGAGGCGGAGGAUGGGCUUGGGGCGAGGUUGAGGGCUUUGAGGGCUGCUAAUUAG